AUGGCUACAGAGCAGCAAUUACAGCAAGUUGCUGAGCUUGAGGUAAUACAAUGAUGAAUUUGAAAAAAAGUUAUUUCAGGUUGAAAUGAUGUCUGACAUGUACAGACGGAUGACGACAGCUUGUCAAGCCAAAUGUGUAUCUACGGCUUUCAAAGAAGGAGAAUUAACAAAAGUACGUUUUCCAAAUAUUUUUUUGAAAUUUCCGAAAGUUCCUUUGAAAUCUUACUGUUAAUGAAGCUUGAAGGUUUCAUGUUCAAAAAUUCUAAAAGUUCAGGAAAAAUAGCAUAUUUUUCAACAUUUUUUUAAUAAAAUUUUUCCUAAUUAGAACUCAUUUUUUUCUUUUUUUAUCUAUUUUUUUGAACUUAUUUAAAAAAAUCGAAAAAAAAAUUUUUUUAUAAAAAUUAGAAUAAGUUUUUUUCAGUCGUUCUGAAACUCUUUUCGAGAACUUUCGAGGAAUUAAAGUUUCACGAUAAGAUGAUAACUUAAUAAAAUUAUUUCAUUCUUCGAAUGUUUCUCUUCUGAUUUACCCUAGAAACUUUUUGAAGUACGGGUUUCAAGUUUCGUAAAAAAAAUUUCAUAAUUCUUUUUCCUGGAAAUUAACAUUCAGUUUGGAAGCUUGAGAACGUGAAAGGUGCAUAAAUUGGCUUUGAACUAGUCAAUUCAAGAGUUUUUGAUAAAAAGAGAAGUAUAUAAACCCGAUUUUCAUCGAACCCUUCAUAGUUUGACAGAAUACUUUUCUGUUGAACAAUUCACUUUUCAGGGCGAAGCUGUUUGCUUGGACCGAUGCGUAGCGAAAUACCUAGACGUGCACGAAAAGCUGGGCAAAAGACUGACGAGUAUGUCUCAGACGGACGACGCCGCUUUGCAAAAACUUUCCCAAUGA